GAAAAAAAAAAACCUGACUGUGUCAGUGGCAUUAAGGUUGUCUCCUUUUCAUCUUCAUGCUCAUAAGUCUUCUGCUUGCAAUGCACGGAGCAUGUCUGCUGCUCUGAGACUUAUCAGAGGAAUGCUGACUCCAAGGAUAACUCUAGCAGCCUUUGUGCUCUUCAUCCAAACGGCUCAAUACACAGCAUUAAAUGAUGCUCCAUUCGCUCUCAUCAACAAAGCUACUGGGGUUUGUUUGCUGAAGAGAUCAACCCGCUGCCUGGAUCUGCGCUGGACAACCAACAAUCGGCUUUUUGCCGUCUCAAGCAGAAAGUGCGUCGGAGCACAGGGCAAAAGUGUAGGGAGUGAAGUUAACCUCUACGAUUGUGACGACAAGAGUGCCCUCCAAAAGUGGGAUUGCAGGAACGAAACCCUGCUUGCCCUCAAUGGCACACAGUUUUACAUCACUGCCAAUGCCGAUGAUUCCAUCAGUCUCACCAGAUCUAUUGGACCCAAUAACCACUUCACAAUCACUGGGACGACCAGUGGUGCUUGCACAAGGACUUACAGAGAAUAUUACACCAUCGAGGGAAAUGCGUUUGGUAAGAUCUGCAUGUUUCCCUUCCUCUACAAAGACCGCUGGUUUGGAGACUGCACACAGUACGACUCCUCAGUCAAGCGUGCUUGGUGUGCAACUGGAACUAGAUAUGAAAAUGAACAGUGGGGUUACUGCCCAACUUCUUCGACAGACCACUGGUCUAAAAACCUCAUAACAGGAGCGUAUUAUCAGCUCAACACACAGUCAAUUCUGACAUUCUCCCAGGCUGAAGCCAGCUGUAAACAGCAGGGGGCCGCCCUGCUCAGUGUUACGGAUCCCAACGAGCAGGCCUUCAUCGCAGCACUACUGACAACUGGGAAACACAAACUUUGGAUCGGACUGGUUCUGGACCCAGAGCAAGGCUGGCAGUGGUCUGAUGCUAAACCCUUCCGUUAUUUGAGAUGGAAUACAGGAAAUCCUCUUCCGAAUCCUGGGAGCAACUGUGCGUUUCUUGACUCUGCUGCCCAGCACACUUGGCAAAGUUCAUCUUGUGUAAAGAAAAUCGGGUACAUCUGCUACAAAGACGGGACAGCACCAAGUCCUACACAAACUGAGCAAGGAUUUUGUGCAAGCCCUUGGAUUCCCUACAAUGGCCACUGCUUCCAUCUUAACCGUCAGCUUCAAACGUGGUCGGGUGCUCAGAAAGAGUGCCGCAAAGAAGGAGGAGACCUUGUGAGCAUCCGCAAUAUAGAGGACCAAAGCUUUGUCAUCUCUCAACUUGGAUAUGGGCCCAAUGAUGAACUCUGGACUGGACUAAACGACAUAAGGACAGAGGGGCUGUUUGACUGGAGCGACCACUCUGCAGUCACCUUCACUGCCUGGGAGUAUGGGACACCGGCUGUCUCUACUGAUUCAGAGGACUGUGUCCUCAUCAGAGGACAGAAUGGAAACUGGGCGGAUCGCUCAUGUGACGAGAAACAUGGCUUUAUCUGUAUGAAGCAGAGUGAAACUGAACGCACCGGAGAUGAAAUAGAUCUGGAUAGAGGCUGCAAAGCAGGCUGGAAAAGACAUGGCUCCUACUGCUACUUUGUAGGAACAGAGACAAAGACGUUUGACGAUGCAAAAGAGAACUGCAAGAGCUCAGAUUCCUACUUAGCGGAUGUUUCCAAUGGGGUGGAUAAUGCAUUCCUUGUCAGUCUGGUGGGGUCCAGACCAGAGAAAUACUUCUGGCUUGGGCUCUCCAACAUGAAGAACAUCGAUGACUUUGUGUGGACCAAUGAUGUCCCAGUCACAUAUACACACUGGAAUUCUGAAAUGCCAGGAUACCACCAGGGAUGUGUAGCUAUUACAACUGGGAUUUUGGCUGGCCUCUGGGAUCGGCUGCCUUGCACUAAUACAGAGAAAUACAUCUGCAAACAUCUGGCAGAUGGCGCAGUUUUAACCCCUGCACCACCUACGCAGUCUCCUCCCAACUGUGCUGAGGGUUGGAUUCGAGUGGGAACAAGAAGUGUCUGCUCUAAGUUUUUUACAGGGCCUCGAGCAAACGAGAAGACCUGGUUUGAAGCCAGGGAUUACUGCAGAGCCAUUGGAGGAGACCUGCUAAGCAUUCACAGUGACACUGAGCUACGGUUGGGAACUGGACGAGCCUGGAUUGGACUUCAUAUCCCUGAGUCGAGCACUAGUUUUGCAUGGAGUGAUGGAUCUGCGUUUAACUUCCAGCACUGGCAGGAAGGAGAGCCAAACAACCAUAACAAUGAUGAAUCCUGUGCUGAAUUCAGAAUGUAUCGCUGGGAUGAACCCGGCUCUUGGAAUGACGUGAACUGUGAUAGUUACAACGACUGGCUGUGUCAGAUCCGAGCAGGAGUGACCCCAAAACCCCCUCCAAAUAACACUGCAACAGAGACUAACACCACUGCAGACGGUUGGCUCAUCUGGAAAGGAAACCAGUAUUUCAUUCAAAGGAUGUCACUAUCUGCUGAGGAUGCUCGACACCACUGUAAACAGAUGAACGGUGACCUGGCAUCCAUCACCAGCAAAGAGGAAAAUAUCUUUAUCUGGAAACAGAUCUCCAGAAGCUAUGGGUACUAUUAUAUAGGUUUGUCAGUGGACCUUGAUGGGUCAUUCUGGUGGAUGGAUGGGGCCUCUGUGGGGUUACAAAAAUGGGAUGAAAAUCAACCUAAUACGAACGCCUUCGAUGAGAACUGUGUUGCUAUGACCUAUUAUAUGGGCUUCUGGCAAACUUGUAACUGUGGCCAGGAGCACUACUCUAUUUGUAAAAGAGGAACCUCGAUUCCUGUCAACGCUACUGUCGCCCCCACAACUGCUCCUAAAGGCGGCUGCCCCAUUAAAUGGACCAAAUUUGAUUCGAAGUGUUACAGUGUCAUCACUAACCGGCAGGCCACCUGGGAAGAGGCAAGGAGACAAUGCAUCACAAUGGGAGGCAAUUUAGUCUCAAUUCCCACAAGGCGUGAACAAGCUUUUUUAAUCACCAGGAUGGCUGAAUCAAAUACUGCAGACCUUUGGAUUGGUUUGAAUAGUUUAAAACAAGAUGGGUUUUACUGGACUGAUGGGAAACGCAGGAAAUACACCAACUGGGGCUAUUCUAGAAGUACUCGUCGUCAGGGGAGCUUCUAUCAACAAUGGAAUGAGGAAGACUGUGUUGUAAUGACCAGCAAUCCCAAAUUUGGAAUUGGUAAAUGGUACAUCAAGUCCUGUAAUGACUCCAAUGGAUUUGUUUGUCAUCGCUAUCUUGAUCCAAACAUCGCGCCUGGACCAGCACCAUCAAUUCCAACCACUUUCGUGUCUCUAGGAAAUGACAGCAUCAAGGUUGUGACUAAAAAUCUAACCUGGUACGAUGCUAAGAAACAAUGUGAAGGUGAUAAAGCCACCCUGGCUAGCCUGCGGAAAGAGUGGACACAAGCCUACGUCGAGUUGCUGUCAAUGAAUCUCAAAGCUCCUCUUUGGAUUGGGUUGAACAAACAGCAGACCAAUGGUUACUUUCGAUAUGUUGAUGGCUGGCACCUGAACUUUGCUGGGUGGGCUGAAGGUGAACCCGUCAGUGACCUUCCAUGUGUUUACCUGGAUGUGGAUGGAAAAUGGAAGACGGCUUUGUGCAAUCGCACCAUGAACAGCGUGUGCAUGCAGACUUCAGACGUGCCACCGACAGAGUCUACCAUCUACCCAGGAGUAUGCCCUGAAGACACCGCAAUGGAAUACCAACAGACUGCUUCCUGGCUGCCGUUCAAGGAUCGCUGUUAUUUGUUCAUGACAGAGGAAAUUGAAUGGGCAAAUGCAGCUAGCAGCUGUGUAAGGCAUGGUGGAAUCCUGGCUAGUAUCAAAGAUCCUGAAGAGCAACAAUUUAUUAAAACCUAUGUGGAAAUAUUUCAGGAUGGUCACAGCGCUUUCUGGAUUGGCCUGUUUAAGACUCAUAAAGGAACAUGGAUGUGGUUGGAUAAAACAGUCAUGGAUUACACCAACUGGGCCCCAGAAGAGCCUGAUAAUGACUUUGGGGAGAUCGGAACAUCAGACGGAGUUUGGAGGACAGCUCGCAGAUGGCACGACAGAGGAUACAUCUGUGAAACACCCAAAGUGAUGCCUGUAGAACCAGGAUCCAACCCUGAGCCUCACGGAGGUCUGGGUCCCCGCAGUCGUGUCCACACGAGUUUGGUGGUUGUGCUGAUCAUUUCUAUCAUUUCUACACUGAUGGCAUUAGGAUUCUUCCUGUACAAGAAGUCCCCACGUCCCUUACCAACCUUUGACAAUCCACUCUACUUCGGCAGUGAACGAUCACAGCCCGACGUUGUUGAUACCAAUAAACUGAUAGAAAAUGCAGAGGUAGAAAACCCUGAGCCUAUCAUAGCUCUGUGAUUCAAAUCUAAAAGGAAAUGCACCAUACCGUACUGUAUCCAUGAUGUAUUACACUCUGAUGCUAAAUAACUGUUUUCUUUUGUAUUUACUGUUGUUUGUUUUUGCCAUGUACGGUAUAUAUUCAGUUAUUUAAUGUCAUAUGUGAGUUUCACUGGAGUUGGAAAUGUCUGACCUCAUGGAACAGAACAGUUUAGGCUCUAGGAUGUCUCAAUGGGAAUGACUGGUAUUUGAUUUUUUUGAUAUGAUUGAGUGUAAAUAUUUGUCACAAGUUUUGCAAUCCAGAUGCUGUUUAUUGCUCUUACUCUUGAAAUAUGUGAAGAAAAAAAAAUAUCACUGUUAUAUGAAUAUCUCUGAUAUGAACAUUAAAGAUUAAUUCUGAUGAAAUAAGAGAAAACAAGGAA